AUGGAGGCCAGCGCCGGGCUGGUGGCCGGGUCGCACAACCGGAACGAGCUGGUGCUGAUCCGGGGCCACGAGGACCCCAAGCCGCUGCGGGCGCUGAGCGGGCAGGUGUGCGAGAUUUGCGGCGACGAGGUCGGGCUCACGGUGGACGGCGACCUCUUCGUCGCCUGCAACGAGUGCGGCUUCCCCGUGUGCCGGCCCUGCUACGAGUACGAGCGCCGGGAGGGCACGCAGAACUGCCCACAGUGCAAGACGCGGUACAAGCGCCUCAAGGGGAGCCCGAGGGUUGCCGGGGACGAUGACGAGGAGGACAUCGACGACCUGGAGCACGAGUUCAACAUCGACGACGAGAAGCAGAAGCAGCUGGAGGGCGGCAUGCAGAACAGCCAGAUCACCGAGGCGAUGCUGCACGGCAAGAUGAGCUACGGGAGGGGCCCCGACGACGGCGAGGGCAACAACACCCCGCAGAUCCCGCCCAUCAUCACCGGCUCCCGCUCCGUGCCGGUGAGCGGUGAGUUUCCGAUUACCAACGGGUAUGGCUAUGGCCACGGCGAGCUCUCGUCUUCCCUGCACAAGCGCAUCCAUCCCUACCCUGUGUCUGAGCCAGGGAGUGCCAAGUGGGACGAGAAGAAAGAAGUGAGCUGGAAGGAGAGGAUGGACGACUGGAAGUCCAAGCACGGCGGCGCCGAUCCCGAAGACAUGGACGCCGACGUGCCACUGGACGACGAGGCGAGGCAGCCGCUGUCGCGGAAGGUGUCGAUCGCGUCGAGCAAGGUGAACCCGUACCGGAUGGUCAUCGUGGUGCGUCUCGUCGUGCUCGCCUUCUUCCUCCGCUACCGCAUCCUGCACCCUGUCCCGGACGCCAUCGGGCUGUGGCUCGUCUCCAUCAUCUGCGAGAUCUGGUUCGCCAUCUCCUGGAUCCUGGACCAGUUCCCCAAGUGGUUCCCCAUCGACCGCGAGACGUACCUGGACCGCCUCACCCUCCGGUACGAGAGGGAAGGGGAGCCGUCGCUGCUGUCGGCGGUGGACCUCUUCGUGAGCACGGUGGACCCGCUCAAGGAGCCGCCGCUGGUGACCGCCAACACCGUGCUCUCCAUCCUCGCCGUCGACUACCCCGUCGACAAGGUCUCCUGCUACGUCUCCGACGACGGCGCGUCCAUGCUCACCUUCGAGGCGCUGUCGGAGACGGCCGAGUUCGCGCGCAAGUGGGUGCCGUUCUGCAAGAAGUUCAGCAUCGAGCCACGCGCGCCCGAGUUCUACUUCUCGCUCAAGGUCGACUACCUCAAGGACAAGGUGCAGCCUACCUUCGUGCAGGAGCGCCGCGCCAUGAAGAGAGAGUACGAGGAGUUCAAGGUCCGGAUCAACGCGCUGGUGGCCAAGGCCAUGAAGGUGCCGGCGGAGGGGUGGAUCAUGAAGGACGGCACGCCGUGGCCCGGGAACAACACCCGCGACCACCCCGGCAUGAUCCAGGUGUUCCUGGGACACAGCGGCGGCCACGACACCGAGGGCAACGAGCUGCCCCGCCUCGUGUACGUCUCCCGUGAGAAGCGCCCGGGCUUCCAGCACCACAAGAAGGCCGGCGCCAUGAACGCUCUGAUCCGCGUCUCCGCCGUGCUGACCAACGCGCCCUUCAUGCUCAACUUGGACUGUGAUCACUACAUCAACAACAGCAAGGCCAUCCGGGAGGCCAUGUGUUUCCUCAUGGACCCUCAGGUCGGCCGGAAGGUCUGCUACGUGCAGUUCCCGCAGAGGUUCGACGGCAUCGACGCGCACGACCGAUACGCCAACAGGAACACCGUCUUCUUCGACAUCAACAUGAAGGGGCUGGACGGCAUCCAGGGCCCGGUGUACGUCGGGACAGGGUGCGUGUUCCGGCGGCAGGCGCUCUACGGCUACAACCCUCCCAAGGGUCCCAAGAGGCCCAAGAUGGUGACCUGCGACUGCUGCCCCUGCUUCGGUCGCAAGAAGCGCAAGCACGCCAAGGACGGGCUGCCGGAGGGCACCGCGGAUAUCGGAGUGGACAGUGACAAGGAGAUGCUCAUGUCCCAUAUGAACUUCGAGAAGCGUUUCGGGCAGUCCGCGGCGUUCGUCACGUCCACGCUCAUGGAGGAAGGCGGCGUCCCUCCGUCGUCGAGCCCCGCCGCGCUCCUCAAGGAGGCCAUCCAUGUCAUCAGCUGCGGCUACGAGGACAAGACCGACUGGGGACUGGAGCUUGGGUGGAUCUACGGGUCGAUCACGGAGGACAUCCUGACGGGGUUCAAGAUGCACUGCCGCGGGUGGCGCUCCGUGUACUGCAUGCCGAAGCGGGCGGCGUUCAAGGGGUCGGCGCCCAUCAAUCUAUCCGACCGUCUCAACCAGGUGCUCCGGUGGGCGCUGGGGUCCGUCGAGAUCUUCUUCAGCCGCCACAGCCCGCUGCUGUACGGCUACAAGAACGGCAACCUCAAGUGGCUGGAGCGCUUCGCCUACAUCAACACCACCAUCUACCCUUUCACCUCGCUCCCGCUGCUCGCCUACUGUACCCUCCCCGCCGUAUGCCUCCUCACCGGCAAGUUCAUCAUGCCGUCGAUUAGCACGUUCGCCAGCUUGUUCUUCAUCGCGCUCUUCAUGUCCAUCUUCGCGACGGGCAUCCUGGAGAUGCGGUGGAGCGGGGUGAGCAUCGAGGAGUGGUGGAGGAACGAGCAGUUCUGGGUCAUCGGCGGCGUGUCGGCGCAUCUCUUCGCCGUCGUGCAGGGCCUGCUCAAGGUCCUGGCAGGGAUCGACACCAACUUCACCGUCACCUCCAAGGCCACCGGCGACGAGGACGACGAGUUCGCCGAGCUCUACGCAUUCAAGUGGACCACGCUCCUCAUCCCGCCCACCACGCUGCUCAUCAUCAACAUCAUCGGCGUCGUGGCCGGCAUCUCCGACGCCAUCAACAACGGGUACCAGUCAUGGGGCCCGCUCUUCGGCAAGCUCUUCUUCGCAUUCUGGGUCAUCGUCCACCUCUACCCGUUCCUCAAGGGGCUCAUGGGGCGCCAGAACAGGACGCCCACCAUUGUUGUCAUCUGGUCCGUGCUGCUGGCCUCCAUCUUCUCCCUGCUCUGGGUCAGGAUCGACCCCUUCAUCGUCAGGACAAAGGGCCCGGACGUCAGGCAGUGUGGCAUCAACUGCUGAGCUGUUUAUUAUUAAGAUUCAAAAAAUCCUGGAGCUUGUGCAUAGGGAGAAAACAACAAUUUAGAAAUUUUGUAUUGUUGAUGAUGUUUUGAAGCUUAUGUUAUGUUUUGUGUAAACAUAUUCUGGGACCCAGAAUUGUCGGACGAGGAAUUGAACAAAGGACAAGGUUUGGAUGUUAAAUGGCAAAUGAUAUUCGUGCAGUCAUGCUAAA